AUGAUCUCUCUCCACACAUUUCGUGCCACUUCUUCCCGGCGAUGCUUCGCCGCAACCUUCGGCGUUCGAACAUACGCCAGCCAGACGCCCGGCAAUCCCAUGCUGGAGAUCUUCAAUCGCAAGACAAAGCACCUACAGAAGGACCGGGCCGCCCGCAAAGUCGAGGAGAGCCGGAAAACAGAUUACUUGAAGGAUGAGGUGGCACUGCGGCUGUGCGAGCGGUUACUGGAUAUUAAGCGCGACUUCCCGAAUGUGCUCGACCUGGGCGCAAACAGCUGCAAUAUUGCGCGGGCUCUAACGACGCCGAAUCUCGACAUAGCAGCACCGGAGGGCACACCGACACCACCCCUGGCCGAACGAAUCUCGAAGCUGACAUGCGUGGAUACAUCGCAUGCACUGCUGCACCGGGACGAGGAGCUGCCUUUCAAUAAAGACAUCAACAUUCACCGCGACGUGAUUUCCGACCUCGAGACAUUGCCAUACCAGCCGAAUACAUUCGAUGCAGUUCUGUCAUCGCUAUCGAUCCACUGGGUCAAUGAUCUGCCUGCGCUACUGGAGCAGGUAAACACUAUUCUCAAGCCAGACAGCCCAUUUAUCGCAGCAAUGUUCGGCGGCGACACACUUUUCGAGCUGCGGGGAUCGCUGCAGCUGGCUGAUCUGGAACGUCGCGGUGGCGUUAGUCCGCAUGUGUCACCGCUCGUUGAUGUGCGAGACGUCGGAAAUCUACUGAACCGUGCCGGAUUCAAGAUGCUCACUGUUGAUGUCGAGGACAUUGUGGUGGAGUUCCCGGAUACAUUUGCUCUUAUGCAGGACCUGCAGGCCAUGGGCGAGAGCAACGCCAUCAUGCACCGUGAGGCUGGACCCUUGUCACGAGAUGUCUUGCUGGCCAACGAAGCUAUCUAUCGGACGAUGCAUAUGGAGGACGAUGCUCCUGGCAUCCCGGCAACAUUCCGAAUGAUCUAUAUGAUCGGAUGGAAAGAGGGCGGGAACCAGCCACAGCCACUCCAGCGCGGUAGCGGCGAGCUUAACCUGAAGGAUCUUCUAGGCGGUGGUGAUUUCCAAAAGCCAUGA